UCUGCGGCGCCGGCGUGCCGAGCGGACGACGUGGAGUCUGCGCCUGCGAGGCCCAGCUGCGACCAGCGCACGCCGCGAUGCGCGCCCCGCCGCUGCCGCCCCCGCCGCUGCUGCUGCUGCUCCUGCUGCUGCUGCUGGCGCGCUGCUGCGUCCUCUCCGAGAGCCGGCACCCGCGGCGCGCGCGCCCGGAGGACCUGGCGGACUCGUCGGCGUCCAGCGAGGAGGUGGACGACGACGGCCGCGUCUACAAGAACCCCCGCAACUCGCCGUCGCCCGUCUGCCCGCGCGACGAGGAGCGCGCCACGCUGCUGGGCCAGAAAUGCCUCCGCAAGUGCAGCACGGACGAGGACUGCAAGAGCAAGAAGAAAAAGUGUCUCUGUGACGGCGCAUGCGGACUCAGCUGCAUCAAGCCUGAGCGCGAGUGCGAGGAGCUGCUGGAGCCCGACCUGGGUACGGUGACGCUGACGGGGCGGCUGUUCGGCGACCGCGCCACCUACUCCUGCCAGCUGGGCUACCACGUGGUGGGACUGCGAGAGCGCACCUGCCAGGCUGAUGGCACGUGGUCCGGCGACGCGCCCGCCUGCAAGCAGAACGUGUACUGCACGUCGCCGCCGGUGCUGGAGCACGCCCGCCACAGCGCGCUGCCCGAGCAGCAGACGUUUGCACUCGACUCGACGCUGCAGUACCAGUGCGUGGCCGGCUACAUCACGCGGGGAUUCCCCCGCGCCAAGUGCCUCGCCAUCGACGGCAGCGCCUCCUGGUUCGGGCCCGACAUCAGCUGCGACCCGCGCUCCUGCGGCCCGCCAGCGGACACGCAGCACGGCUGGCACGCCGGCGAGUGCUACACGUUCGGCUGCCGCGUCACCUACCACUGCGCAGAGGGCUUCGAGCUGGUCGGCCGCCCGGACCGCUUCUGCCAGGCUGACGGCACCUGGAGCCCGCGGGAGCUGCCCGCCUGCGUGCCCGUGCAGUGCCCUCCGCCUGACAACCCUGGCAACGGGAAGGCGAUCUACACAUCCUGCUCCUACAAUUCGGUUGUGACGUACGAGUGCAAGGAUGGAUACACACUUGUAGGGGAGCCAACACGUAGGUGUGGAGCUGACAAGAAGUGGACUGGGGAGCAGCCAGAGUGCAAAGAAAUAAACUGUGGCCAUCCGGGCAUCCUGUACAAUGGAUGGCUUGAGAAUAUCGAGGCUGGUACUGGUCUUGGUGCAAGUAUUAUCUUCAGGUGCCAUGAUGGCAUGAAGCUGGAGGGAAACACCUCAACUGUGUGCCAGAUUGAUGGUCGGUGGCGAUAUCCUUUGCCAAAAUGUCUAGCUCCAUGUGUUGUACCAAGUGUGAGACAGGGUAGGAUUCAGUUGUGGGUAGGAAAUGAAACAACAGAUGAGCUGCCACUGGUAGUCCAACAUGGGGAACGGUUGUUUGUAAAGUGUGAUCCAAUGUAUGAGUUUCCAGCAAAUCGAACACCUAUUUGCAACAAUGGUACAUGGACUGUUAUGCCUCGAUGUGGACCAGCUCGCUGCAAGCGUAUGCCCAGAGCUCCCAGGAAUGGCUUGGUCAUUGCUCCCAAAACAGAACAUGGUAUGCUCGCUCGUUUUAAGUGUAGGGAUGGUUUCACACUUCGUGGAGGGAAUGUGACUGAGUGCCGUUACGGAAACUGGACUGGCGAAUUACCAUAUUGUCAGGAAGUGUACUGCCCAUUUCCUGGGUACAUUGAAAAUGGCAGAGUCAUGUUGGUUGGGAACAUGGGAGUGUAUGAUUACCGCCCAUAUGUACGCAAGGUCACCAACAAUAAGCAGAUCAUUUAUGAAUGUGAACGUGGCUAUGUUCUUGGAGAUGGGCCACCUGGAGCCACAUGUAUUGGUGGACGAUGGAGUCCUAAGGAGCUUCCUCGGUGUAUUAAAGGACUGCAUCCAAGACUUAGAUGGAGUCGGUCAGUACAGGAACAGAGGCAGGCAGUUUUUUUGAGUCCAAAAUUUGCAGAACGUAUCAGACGGUUUGAACGUGAUUUAUUGGUGAAAUCAUCACGUGCAUCUUAUUUAGGAAAGAAACACGCUAUUGAAAUCGCAACAGUACAGCACUCUUCAUUGCCAGGUUAUACCAUGAUUAACGUGUCAUCAGAAAUGGAUCAGCAACAGCCCCAAAUCCCUCGAGGAAGGAUUUUUGGUGGGCAGCACAAACCAGUUGUUAUUCAUGAAGCUGGCCAAAGAAAAAGCUUUCACCCGGAAGUAAGAUACCAGAAGACAUCAUUCAGAUUCAAUUCACCCAUGUACAAAGAUCCUGAUAAUGAUGCUAUUGGGUGGAUAAUACAUCAUAAGGGUCAUAAUAUCCAACAAAAUAAGAAGAGUGAAAAGUAUCUAACUGACUCACAAAACAUUAUGGAUGAUUAUUCUGCUGCUGGAAGGUCAGGUCUAAAAUCAGUGGCUGAAUAUAGUGAAACAUUGAAAAGAGCAGAUAAAGAACACACACUAAGAAGAUUAAAACGUGCUCUGCUGAAAGGACACCAAUCAAAACAGGGACUUCAACUGAUGACGAAAAAUAAAAACACCAGUCCUCGAAUUAAAAAGAAAGGCCGCCCCCGAACAAGGGAUAGAGUCAAGGGCACAAAAGCUGGUCCCUGUGAGCCUUUAUCUAGUGAGCCCUUUGUGAAGAUUGAAAUUCUGAAGAAUGGCCGUGAUCCCAUUCACAAUUACUCAACUGGGACUGUGGCACGUGUUACAUGUGAUCAAGGUUAUGGUCCGACACUCAGCAACAACACUGCUAAAUGUGCACGAGGCCGCUGGAGACCUGGAAAACCUGACUGCAUUGCUUUACCAUGUCACAUUCCCAAAAUGGAACACGGACUGUUUCGUUUAGCACCAGCUGAUGGCAAGCCAGGUGUAAUGUUAAAUGCAAGUGCAGAUGUACCCCAUGGUAAAGUUGUAGACUUUGGUUGCAUUAUUGGUUACAAUAUAAAAGGACCAAACAAUAUGCAGUGUUGGCAUGGGGAGUGGUCUUCGUCACAGGAGCCAGAGUGCACGCCAGCACCAUGUGAGCUACCAAUGAUUACAAAUGGUCAGUAUCUUUCUGGAUAUCGUGCUGGUCUCACAAUAGCUCAUGGAGCAUCAGUAAACUUCCAAUGUGACAGUGACUACAGCAAAUCAACUGCACAGCCUGUUGAAUGUUCGCUUGGAAUGUUGAAGCCAAGAACUCCAGCAUGCCGACACUUAGCACCAAACUACAGAUACGGUAAUAUGACAGGAAAACUUUCAGAAGUGGAUUUGCAGUUCAAAGGAGGUAGUGAUAUCACCAAGGGUGGUGAUAUAAGUGUAGUAGAUUUCCCAGAGGGCUAUAGAAGAGGGUGUGGUCCCCCAGCGCGUGUCCAGGGUUCUCUAGUCUACCGUGAUGGGGAGCCAAUUGAUGACUCCGAUAAGAGCUGGGAACCAUCCAAUUUUCCAGAUGGAACAGAAGUGACAUUCAAUUGCAUAGCAAGUAUAAUGGGGGAGAAGACAACAUGGCGUAUUGUUUGUGAAGACGGUAGUUGGGUGGGCAGAUCCCUUAAUUGUGAAGGUGAUGAAGCUCAGGAUGGUCAUACUGAAAUGAAAAAUAGUACAUGCAUCUACCGCAACACAGAGCCAAAUCUUGUGUCUUUCUACAAUGACCAACACAUAACUGAAGAAGUUGUAGAAUUUCCUCCUGGAUCUGUCCUGGUAUCUCGCUGUGUUGACAUUGGAAAAUACGCCAUGAUUGGUUCAAGUCACAGGCGUUGUAUUGGUGGAGAAUGGGAUGGACAGAAACCUGUGUGUUUUGGACUAAAUCAACAGAAUGACUAUGCUUUGGAGAAACCCCCAACAAUACUUUUUCGUCAUCAGUUAGGCCCUAUUGCACAGAGCAAUGACGGACGGCUAAUAGUAUACCCUGGAACAAUAUUGCACAUGGAAUGCCUCUGGAUACGUCGAUUUGGAACUCCUAAGUGGGUUAUUAGUCACAAUUAUAGAAAGUAUCCAGAAGGAUGGACGACAGAUCCAGGAAGAGACUCACAAUUGGAAUAUCGCCUAAGUAUUUAUCAUGCCAGUCGUGAUGAUUCUGGAGUUUUCACAUGUGUAACUCCAACUCGUCACACUCACGCAGUUGAAAUUGUUGUCAAAGCUGUUCACUGUCCUCCUAUUCCAUCACGUAGAGGCUUGAAUGUGAACACACUUAAUACCAAGAUGAAUACAAAGAUUUUGCUUUCUUGUGCAAAUGGAAAUUCACUCAUUGGAGCACCAGAGAUUACAUGUCUUCCAUCUGGAAAUUGGAGUGCACCAAUACCCAUCUGUGAAAGUAUAGAGUGCGCGGAUCUGGUAAAUCUGACAGAUCCUCAUUUACGAGUGUCAAUUCUGAGCAGAGAAGUUGGGGGCCGAGCAGUGUUCAGCUGUGCACAGGGCUAUGGACUGAGGGGUCCUCAUGAAGCUGUCUGCUUGCCCAGUGGUGACUGGACAACCCCAAUGCCAACAUGUCAAGAGGUACAAUGUGAUACACCACCAACACCAGAAAAUGGAUAUAUUCAAGGAUCUGGCCCUUAUAAGGCAGGUGAUGUUGUGCAGUUCAAUUGCAAUCCUGAAUUUAUGAUGGAAGGGCAGCCUAUAAUUGCCUGUCAAGAAAAUGGUCGGUGGUCUGGUUCAGUUCCAAAGUGUGUCCAAGCCUGUUCUUACCCAGGGACAACAAUUAGUGGAAGAAUGUCAGCUGUUAAGUUCUACUACAAAAUUGGAGAGACAAUUACAUUCACUUGUGAUGCAGAUUUAGAGCUCCGUGGAGCACCUAUGCUACGAUGUCUACGAAAUGGCAAGUGGUCCAAUGCUAUACCAACAUGUGUUUCGAAGACAAGUUAAUUUACUGUGAAUGUAGAUUAUACGAAUAUGAAAUACUAUAAGUUUUGAUAAAGAUGUAGAAGAACAAAAAUUCUUUCUGUUGUUGACAUUUUUGAUCAGCAAUGGUCAACACAGUGGGACAUCUAUAAAUUAUGAAUAUAUUUUCAUGGUGAUCAAUAAAGAAGAAAUUUGUUUAGAAUUUAUGCAUUGUUGGAAAAUGUUGAACAUUGUAAAGAGAAUGAGAAAACAAAAGUAGUAAUUAAGUAGACAGGAGGCCUUAAAUUGUGUUCUUUCAUACCCUUAUCUGCUUAGCUUAUAGAAGUAAAACAUUUUUUUACACAUGCAAGUAAUGUUAUUACUUUAAAAAGUAUAUGUAAUGUUUAUAGAAGACUAAUGAACCAGUUAUUUCAAGUGUGAGAUAGCUUGAAUGUUAUUUUUGUAAAAUUAUUAUUGAAAAUGGAAUGAAUAUGGCUGGCUUCUAAACUGACUUUCUCUUUGACCAAUACUAGCAAAAUUGGAAUUUUGACACACACACAAACACUCUCUCUCUCUCUCUCUCUCUCUCUCUCUCUCUCACACACACACACACACACACACACACACACACACACACACACACACACACACAGUUGGAAUUAAAACCACAGAACAUAUUGACAGAAUUAUUUUCCACUUUUCUUACCUCACAUUAGUACAGAGUAAACUAUAUAAUGUGAGCAUUCUACUCACAAAUAUUUGACAUAUUCCUCCUGUAUGUCUUCUAUCUUCCACUUAAGUGGAAUCAUUUCUACAGAACUUAAUGUAGCUUUCAAGCUACUGGCUGGAAUCUUUUUCUUGUAUUAUUACACUACUGUGGCAUAAUCUUGAAACCCAUCUGCAGUUAAAAAAUAUAUGGGAGUGCAAACACAUAUUUGUGAAGCUAUUUGUUUGCUAGUUUUGCAUACGUUUAGAAGACCAGACAUAUAUAUAAAAAUAAUGUAGAUCAUAAGACAGCCAAAAAUAAAUUUGUAUUUUUGUUUUUGGAAAUGUUUUUAUUGUGUAGUCUAAUGAAAUGUAUUCUAAUUUAUAUGCUAAGUUUUAUAAGAGCUUUGUAAAAUUCUUUGGAUAUUUGAGUACUAUUGGCCUACAAAAUAAUGCUAAUUUAUAGUGAAAGUGUUUAAAAUUUUAUGAAGAGAGUUAUGCAUAAAAUGUGAAGUGCCAAAACAGUUAUGUGCCAGAAAUUUUAUGUCCUACUAGUAUUUAUGAUAUUCAUUACAAUAAAUGGGUUAUUUGACAAUAAUUAGUUAUACUUCUCGUAUCUAAGAUAGCAGGAUAGGGAAAACUCAAUGAAUUAUGUAUGCAAAAGUGAAUGUUAUGUGAAAAAAAUGAAACACAGGCUGAAUGUUUGCACUACAUUCAUCACAUAACUGAUUUUGUAUUUUUUUGUUACUUUUUCUAUUGCUCAGCUGUUCACUGUAAUUCACCUUAAUACUUGCAUACAAUCUCAUAAAAUGGAUAUCAUUCACGAAUUGAAAUAACAUAGCUCUUCAUCAACACUGAAAUGCAUACACAAUCUAGUGCUAUGCUAGGAACUUUUGUUAAACAACCAAGACAAGAAACAAAGUGUGACAGUAUGUAGUGACUCAAAUUCACCAAAAUAAAAAUCUCAGUAGCUGCUAAGAACAGUAAUCUUGCUGCCUUGAUUUAACUAACAAAGGCGCCAAGACAAAAGCAACUUCCACUGAUAUCACUGUCUAAAUUUUUCUUAAUUAUUUCUAAAAGUGUAUUUCCUGCCUGCAUAUGUUUCUUCUGGCUCCUACUAUGGAGUUAGGACACACAGUGGUAAGGCAUUGGACUCAUUUAAAGGACACAGUUUCAAAUCCCUGUCCAUUGAUCCAGAUUUAGAUUUUUCAUAUUUUCUCUAAAUUUCUUAUGGCAAAUACUGGGAUAGUUAUGACAGGACAUACCUUACUUUCUUCCCCACCAAACACCAAACUGAGCUUAAGCUUCAUCUCUAGUGACCAUGUUGUUAACAGGGUGUUAAAUCUUAAUUUUGCUUCCUUGUCCCUCAUAAUCAGGGGCACUGUUUACAGUACAAAAACACAGUAGGUAUAAACUGAAACAGUCUUAACUUGCAAAUAAAUAACAUAAUACAUAAUUCAAUGUAAUUAAAGACACAUGUAGCUAUUUUUGGUCCAGAGUGGAAAGCAAUACAAAGCAUCAAGUAUUCUAUAGCUUGCAAAAACAGAAGCCUGCUUCUGCUAGAGAUAAAUAGAGGAAGUGUGGUGUUGAGAUGCUAAAGAUAAUGUUAAUGACAACAGAAAUUUAGUAAGAUCCACCUUCAUCCACAUUGUACACAUCACCAUUUCUUUACUGUGUAUCAAAAAAUAGAAUAAAGAACCUGUCUUUGUAACACUGUAAUACUUUAGAAUCUCUUCUUUAACACUAAUCAAUUCAUGAAGAAAGUCUUGGUUAUAAUUGUUUUUACCAUUUUGUCUUCAUAAUGGUGAGACUAAAAUUAAUAACUACAUUUCGUAACUUAAUCUCUUUUUCAGGAAAUAGUGAGAUUACACAGCAUAUUUCUUUUUUAAGUAGUUGCUUCAUAAUAACUGGACAUCUCAGUUGUGUCAUAUUUUUUUGGAAAUGGGACCAGAAUUUCUCACAACAAUAUUAUUUUAUAAAAUGUUCUCAGUCUUCUUGCCAUGUAAAAUUACAGUAAUUUUAAUGUUGUUUUGCAUGUAGUGUACACUGCAUAUUUGCACAUACACUACAACAAUACUUCUGUUAACAGUCCAGGAAUCUCCAAGAGCAGUUAUUGUAACCCUUCUUUUCAUUUCAUAAAGAUAUCACAAUAAUAUAAUACCUAUCAUAGCAUUAUUUAUACAACGUUGCAAAAACUGUGCUUCUUUGACAGUAUAUGCAAGUUAUGUUUCAUUAUCAAGAGUAGUUUUUCUCUUGUGUGUACUAUAAUGUCUAAAGCACCCAUGUGGAAGAGAUAUUUCACAACCGGAACAGUUCAAAAUUGUGUUUUCUUUAUCACCUGGUACCAAUUUCACUGAGAAUGGUUACAUAUCACAUCAAAACAAAUUAAUCCAUAAACUGAAAAAAAAAACAUUUAUAUCCUCAAGGUGUUGAUUCUUAUUGCGAAUACUCCAAGUGUUGUGUGUUACAAAGGCUCUCAGCAACUCUCACAUUUGCUGUAAGACACACGUUUCUUGUGCAGUACUCCAAAAGAUAUUUGUGAAAUUUUGUAUGCUCAUCAAAUAAAUAACUGCAUGUGAAACAGAGAGAUGAAUUAUCUGCUGUGGACAUGCAGUCUUUUGUGUCUUGCUUGUUUUUUGUGAGGAUGACAUUUCCUUGUAGCAAAGUAGGCUAUUAUCUUUGAGGAAUCAAAAAUUAUUAUGAAAUGCUUAAAAUGUGACAAGAGAAGCAAUUUUGAAAUGAAAUUCAUAAGAAAAGACAACUAAACAAAGUUUCGCGUUGUAUUCAUGUGAUAAAAUAUGUAGAAAUGGGAAAAAAUUGUAUUUGAGGAGGCACAAUUCAAAUUUGAUAGGAAAUAGAUUAUUUACAGGAGAGUCUGAUAUUAAAAUAGUUCAUGAAAAUAUUGCAGACAUGUCUUUUACUAUUUUGCUUCUAUAUAAUGAUCAUAAUGGAUUUUAAGCUCUGUCCCUGUGCUUGGAGACAUGAAUAAUUAAUUGAAUCUGAGCUUUUGCAGUACAUAAUAAAGGUUUUUACCGAAACUUUGUGCUAUAGCAAUAUGAUUGAGGUUGUUAAUUUUAUGUGAUGCUAAAGUCAAUGAAUGCAUUUUAAAACUGUAGGGCAUGUUCUUACAGGAAGUAUUUAUUUUUGGAAAUUUCUGAUGACCACUCGCGUCAAAGUCGAAUUGGUCAAUUCAUAAAUAUACAAAUCUUAUCCCUGUAUUCCAUCAUUUUCAUACUUUAAUAUGAAUAAUGAAAAUUAACCAUCAUUAAGUUCUAGUAAUUGUGAUUCACUCUUUGCUCUGAUAUCACCUUGAAUGUAAAUGGUCUUGUUUAAAUAACAUGAUGGACGAUUAUCCCUAGAAUCACAUAUGCAGUUUAAUAUUUUAUUGAUUAGAUUCAAAUGUGCUAAAUUCUAGAUAUUAUGUUAGUUAUGUAACAUAUCAGCAAUUAAUCCUUUAAUGAUAUUAAGAUUUGAAGUGUGAAGAUUAUCUGAAAUGAAAACACCAAUUACACUUUACAAUAGAGAUAGUUUGAGAUUGUAUGUUACUAAUGGUAUUCGGGUGAUGAUACAUAUUUCUGUACUUUCUGAAGAUUCAUACCUCUUUCUUCAAACUACAUUGUUUCUGAUAGAUCAAAUUAGCAGUGGAAUAUCUUUUAAAAGUAAUGAAUAAGGCAUAUUCAUUGUGAUAGUAUGGAAACAAACUGAUAGAAUGUGAAUUCUCGCAAGGAAAACAGCUGUGAUCCUAUGUGAAUAGAAAAUAAAUACAGAAAAUUGUAUGCCAACCUUAUUUAUGUGCUCAUACAAAUAGAAGAACCAAAAA